UUCAUAACUGACGGCGAACAACUCGACAUGGCGUUGAAAUUUGCUGCAAAUUUAAAUUUCCUUUUUACUGAAACGGCAGUAACAAUAUCAGAUAGAAUAAGGCUCGCCAGUCAGCAUGGAUUCCGAGCUGUAGAAAUUCCAUAUCCAGAGGGAGAACUUAAGGAAGCAGAGAAAGCAGUCAAUGAUACCGGAAUAACAGUCAGUCUAAUAAACAUUGCAUUUGAUAAAACGAAGGAGGAGCUUAAGUUUGGAUCUACUAGUAUUCCUGGUUCAGAAAAUCUUUUUAAACAGCAGCUAGAUGAAACAAUUGCAUUUGCCAAAACUGUUAAGUGCAAGAAAGUUCAUCUUAUGUCCGGAACACGCAAUAAUAAGUCAGAAUGCGACCAUUUGGCAACAUAUAUCUCAAAUUUAAAAAUAGCAGCAGAAAAGUUGAAACUGAGUAAUAUGACCGGCGUUAUUGAGCCAAUAAAUGGAUAUGUCAUUCCAACAUAUUUCAUGAAUUCUUACAACAAAGCAUCAAAUGUUUUGAAAGAAAUCAACUGCAAUAACAUAAAAUUAAUGGUGGAUCUUUACCAUCUUCAGCAUAUAACUGGGAACUUCACUAAGACCUUAGAGGAAUAUAAAAACGUCAUUGGACAUUUUCAAAUCGCUCAGGUGCCAAAUCGAAAUGAGCCAGAUACUCCUGGUGAACUUAAUUACGAAUACAUUUUUAAAACGCUGCAAGAUUUUGGUCAUCAAGAUUGGAUUGGAUGCGAAUAUAAACCAUUGACAAAUACCGUCGAUGGAUUGAAUUGGAUUUCAAAAUACAACCUGGAGCUUUAAGUUUCUAUAAAAAUAUUUAUUUUUUCAUGUGUUUAUUAAAAUAAAUAUUGGAAGCUGCAAGAAACUGUCUUUAUUA